UCGAGAUUUGUUUCACAAAUCUGGUGGUGACGAAAACACACGUGGAUUCGUGUUUUGUGAUUUUUUAAUAAUUUUGUACGACAAAAUAUAAAGAUAUUACAAUGGUUGUGAGAGGUAAAAAGAAGUACGAGACUGGUGAGGGAGCACAAUUUAUCUCAAGGAGAGCUGCUCUUAGGAAAUUACAGUUAACACUAAAUGAUUUUCGUAAGCUAUGUAUCUUAAAAGGUAUAUAUCCAAGGGAACCACGUAAUCGUAAAAGAGCGCAGAAGGGUGAACCUGGCAUCAAGAUCUUGUAUCAUAAAAAGGAUAUUCAAUUUUUGAUGCACGAACCUAUAAUAUGGAAACUAAGAGAUUACAGGAUAUUCAAUAGAAAAAUUGGUCGAGCAAAGGCGAUGAAAGAUUUUGCCAAAGUAAAGAGAUAUUUGAGCAAUCAUCCUACAUUGACGCUCGAUCACAUUGUCAAAGAACGUUAUCCAACAUUCAUAGAUGCAUUACGUGACUUGGAUGAUUGUUUGACUCUCUGCUUCUUGUUUAGCACAUUUCCGUCAUUGCCGCACAUUCCGCGAGAUCAGUCGUUAUUGUGUAGAAGGCUGACGAUUGAAUUUCUCCACGCUGUUAUUGCAGCAAAAGCGUUGCGCAAAGUAUUUGUAUCCAUUAAAGGAUAUUACUAUCAGGCGGAAAUAAAGGGGCAAACAAUAACGUGGAUAGUUCCACAUCACUUCGGUUUUGAGCCUCAAGCAAAGAACGAGGUCGAUUUUAAAAUAAUGUCUACGUUUGUUGAAUUUUAUAUCGUAAUGCUCGGUUUUGUAAACUUUAGAUUGUAUCACACUUUGAAUUUACAUUAUCCUCCCAAGCUGCCCAGUACUGAAAAUAUCGACAAAAUACUGGUUGACGAAGAAGCGUACGUGUCGGAAAGAAUAAGCGCAUUGAAUAUAUCGUUAAUUAGUUUGGAUCCUUCAGUAUCAACGAUGGAAGAUGAAGUUGAAAUAGAUCAUUUCUCAAACGAAACAGAUCCAACGAAGGCGGAAGCUGCUCGAGUAGAAGCUGAAAAAUUACGAAAACUGAAAAACUUGUUUAAGGGUAUAAAAGUUUUUGUUAACAGAGAAGUUCCGAGAGAACCGUUAGUAUUUAUUAUACGAUGCUUUGGCGGAGAAGUGUCCUGGGACAAGAUGCUUUUUGUUGGCGCCACUUUCGAUGAAAACGACGAAACAAUAACUCAUCAAAUUGUAGAUAGACCGAGCAUGGAUAAGCAAUAUAUAUCGAGAUAUUACGUACAGCCGCAGUGGAUUUUCGAUAGUGUAAACGCGAGAGAAUUAUUACCCAUAGAAACGUACUUAAUGGGUGCUAUACUUCCUCCGCAUUUGUCACCAUUUACAGAAAAUCGAAAAGAUCAAACUUACAUUCCUCCAGAAGAACGCGCUCUCAUGGAUUCUGAUUAUAAGUUGAACUACAACUCAGAGGAAGAAGAAGAAGAAAAUGAUGACGAUAAUAAAGAAGAAAACGCAAAAGAUACCAAAAAUGAAGAAGAAAUGGAAUUUGAGGACGAUCUGAGUUCAGCAAGUGAUGUGGAAUUCGAGGAAGAGGAAGUCGAAGAUGAUGACAGUGACGAGAAAGUUCCUGAGAAAAAGGAGAAAAAAGAUGAUAAAGCACAGACCCGAUUAGAACAGAAGAAGAAGAUGAAAGUACAGACGGGUCAAGAAACAAAGGAAGAUCCAUUGGAGAAGGCUAAACUGGAGAAACAAGAGUACCGCCUUAGGGAAAAAAUGAUCAAGAAAAAGCAUCGAAAAUUGUACAAGAGUAUGAUGAUGGGACGGCAGGAAAGAGCUAAACAGAUCUGGCUCUUGCGCAAGAAGAGACGUAUUCACGACGCAAAUGAAAAGGAAAAGCGAAAGGAGCAACGUAAGGCGAGAAAAAACGUGAAAUAAUGAUUUAUAAAAUACAAGUAUCUUUUAUCCUUUUUCCCCCUUAUUUUCCAUACAAUAAAGAUAAGAAAUGUUAUUUACAAAAUAUAUAUUCCGUCUUUAUACGCAUCAGUAUGCUAUACACGUUUACUCGCAUUAAGUUCAAUUUGUACAGGCGAACGUCAUCUUUUAUUCUCUUUUAUUUAGAUUACAUAUGUAAUGUAAUUAUAUAUAUGUCGGUUUUUUUUUAAAUAACUUAAUUAGAAGUUAUGCGAAAGAUAUGCAGAGCUGUCGAUGAGAUUGCUGUUCAAUCGACGUGUGAAUACAGUUAUGUAUAAUGUCAGACGCCA